GAGAAAAGAAAAAUAAAAAAUUAAGUAGGAAAAGAAAUGGCAGUUACUAGAGAGAAAGAAAAUUGUUCAAGAAAAAUUAAUGGAAAUAUUCCUGCGUUAUCUCUCAAUAGUGAUAAUAUGUCGACAUCCACUGAUAGUGAUGAUGUAGCGGAUCCUACAUAUGAAAUUAGGAACAUUCAAAGUAUUAUUAACGUGACUCGUGAAAACAUUGAUGCUUUGAAUGCAAAAUUCGCUGGUUUCCAACAUCCUCCGUCGCUUUAUCUUUCGGAAUAUCAGGAAUUAACUUCGAAGUUACAUAAUUUAGAGCUUAGGGAGCGGACUCUGCGUGAGUUAUUGCAGUCUGAAUCGCCGGACAGAAGUGAAGAGUGUUCAUUGCAGGAUGAUUCUAAAAAAUACGAUACGCUUACACGUCAACCGAAGGUGUUCCUCAGAGCGCACCUGCCGAACCAGCAGCGCACCAGUGUGCAGGUCAAGGAGGGUGUGACGUUGCGGGAAGCGCUCUCCAAGGCGCUGAAACUCCGCAACCUGACGUGUGAAAUGUGUGAAGUGGUGAGGACAGGCAAUAACCAAGUGAUACCAUGGGAAAUGGAUAUUACAAUGAUUGAUGCAGAGGAGGUAACAGUACGAACAUUGGACAAGCUGCCAAUAAUGUCACACAUAUCGCACCAGUACACAAGAAAGACGUUCUUCACGCUCGCCUUCUGCGAGUGCUGCAGACGGCUGCUGUUCAAUGGCUUCUACUGCUCGCAGUGCAACUUCAAGUUCCACCAGCGGUGUGCGGAUAAAGUGCCUAGCAUUUGUCAUCAGGUGCGAAUGACGGAUACGUACUACGCAGCGCUGCUCGCUCAGAACCCAGAGACGCAGGCUGGGAUUCUACACUUCCCCCCGCACUUUGGCUAUCACCACAUGAUGAACAGGAAUGAGCAGAACAAGCAACAGCACCCUCGUUCACUGAACCAGCAGGACCGGUCCAACUCGGCGCCGAACGUGUGUAUCAACAUGGUGCAGCGGCCCAUGACGCUCGCCGAACACCAACGGAAGUACAACCAGAGUCAGUGCACCAGCUCGCCGCAGUCGUCCAACUACCUGUCGUCACAGAGCGCGGCGGCGGCGGCGGCGAGUGCGGCGGGCGCGGGGGCGGGGGCGGGGGGCGCGGGCGUCGCCGGGGGCGCGGAGGGCGCGGCGGGGGCGGGGGGUGCGGGGGGCGCGGCGCACAGCCAGAGCACGCAGGCCUCCCCCACCGGCACGCUGCGGCCGCGCCGCCCCCGCGCGCGCUCCGCAGACGAGUCCUGGAAGAACGCGCUGUCGCCGCGCGAGAGCUACGACGACUGGGUCAUACACGCCGACGAGAUACUCAUCGGCGCCAGGAUAGGGUCGGGCAGUUUCGGAACAGUGUACAAGGCGCACUGGCACGGGCCCGUCGCAGUCAAAACACUCAACGUCAAAACGCCCACGCCCGCACAGCUGCAGGCAUUCAAAAACGAGGUGGCCGUGCUCCGCAAGACGCGGCACUCGAACAUUCUGCUGUUCAUGGGGUGCGUGUCGAAGCCGUCGCUGGCGAUCGUGACGCAGUGGUGCGAGGGCUCGUCUCUGUACCAACACCUGCACGUGCUCGAGACGCCGUUCCCCAUGCUCUACCUGAUUGACGUGGCGCGGCAGACCGCGCAGGGAAUGGACUACUUACACGCCAAGAAUAUUAUACACAGAGAUCUAAAGUCAAAUAAUAUUUUCCUGAGAGACGACUGGUCCGUCAAAAUUGGAGACUUUGGACUGGCGACGGCGAAGGUGCGAUGGUCAGACACAUCAACUGCGGGCGGCGUGGUGUGGCAGCAGCCGACGGGUUCCAUCCUGUGGAUGGCCCCGGAGGUGAUCCGGAUGGACGAGCCCGCGCCCUACACGUUCCGCUCCGACGUGUACGCGUACGGCAUCGUGCUCUACGAGCUGAUGGCCGGCGAGCUGCCAUACGCGCAUCUCAAUAAUAAAGACCAGAUCCUGUGGCUGGUGGGGCGCGGCCUGCUGCGUCCGGACGCGCGGCGGCUGCGUGCGGACGCCCCGCAGGCCCUGAAGCGUCUGUCGGACGACUGCACCAAGUUCGACCGCGAGCAGCGCCCGCAGUUCCGUCAGAUCCUGACGUCGCUGGAGAGCAUGCUGCGCGCGAUGCCCAAGAUCACCCGCAGCGCCUCCGAGCCCACGCUCAGCCGACACCUGCACGCCUCCGACGACUACCUCGCCUACACCUGCGCCUCGCCCAAGACGCCAGUCAACUUCCACUUCAACACCGACACCAGCUUCCCAGCGUUUUACGGCAUCCCUGUACCGAACCAACGGCAUCCCUAGGGCUUACUGAAGGGCUACGACUAGCCCACCGCGUCGCCCGCCCUUCGCCCGCUGAUCGACCGCUCGUCGCUCGCACGUCGCCCGCAGACCGACCGCACACCUCUCGCUUCACCGAGAGGCUCCCGUUCACUUUAGUCGGUCUCUAUCUCUCCUUAUUUUAUUCUAAUUGGACUUGUAACAUACGUUUGAUAAAAAAAGUUUGCUCUUUCACAGAAAGGCAAUAUAUUUAUUUCUUGU